CAGUGGAAACAUGUCGGGAAGGAGAGAGCCCAGCGGAGGAGCUGCGUUCAUGAAAUACACACCUGAGACAUAAACUGAAUCAGUCAGGACGGAUGCUGGCAUUGUAUGCGAGUUAGCAACUGCAAGGGCCACGUUACUGUUUCACGGAAGCGGGCCAGUCGGAGUCGAAUGGACGGAUAAAGAGACGGCCGGGGCUCGAUAGGAAGAAGUAGCCUUGCAGACAGGCGGCCGGGGACGGGUAGAGAGUGGGGACAGCGUGUGUGUGCUCAAAACAGGACUGAGUUGCUCCUUGCUAGGGGAUGUUAUCCGUACUGUCUUAUGGUAGACUGGUAGCCAGGGCUGUCCUGGGCGGACUCUCUCAGACCGACGGUCGAGACUACAGCCUGAUUAGCGCCAGUUAUGGCUUCGGCAAAGACUUUCGCAAGGGUAUCCUGAAGAAAGGGAUGUGCUAUGGCGAUGAUGCGUGCUUCAUCGCGCGGCACAGGACCGCCGAUGUUUUAGGUGUUGCAGACGGCGUAGGUGGUUGGCGUGACUAUGGCGUUGACCCAUCUCAGUUCUCUGCCACCUUAAUGAGAACCUGUGAGCGACUGGUGAAGGAGGGACGCUUCACUCCCAGUAAUCCAGUGGGUAUCUUGACCUCUGGCUAUUAUGAGCUUCUACAGAACAAAGUCCCCCUGCUAGGGAGCAGCACAGCCUGUAUUGUGGUUCUGGAUCGACGGAGUCACCGGCUACACACGUGCAACCUCGGUGACUCGGGUUUCCUGGUGGUUCGGGGAGGAGAGGUGGUUCAUCGCUCAGACGAGCAACAGCACUAUUUUAACACACCCUUCCAGCUGUCCAUCGCUCCUCCAGGAGCAGAAGGGGUGGUCCUUAGUGACAGUCCUGAAGCAGCUGACAGCUCCUCCUUUGAUGUGCAGCUCGGUGACAUCAUCCUUACAGCGAGCGACGGCCUCUUUGACAACAUGCCAGACUACAUGAUUCUUCAGGAGCUCAAAAAACUCAAGACUACCAACUAUGACAGCAUCCUGCAGACUGCACAGAGUAUUGCAAAGCAAGCUCACGACCUUGCCUAUGACCCAAACUAUAUGUCCCCUUUUGCACAGUUUGCCUGUGACAACGGCCUGAAUGUAAGAGGUGGGAAGCCAGAUGAUAUCACGGUGCUGCUGUCCAUUGUGGCUGAAUAUACAGACUGAAAGUGUGUGUGUGUGUGACAGUGCAUGUGUGCUUCUCUGGGGCUGGUCCUUCCUUCCAGUCUGCCUGAGUCUUCCACCUGCAGCCCUCCCGGAAAUGCACCACAUCCUGUGGGCUGACAGGGGAGGCCCACCGACACAAUGCAUACUCCUUGCUGCGGGACUGACAUCCACCCGUGUACAUUUGGUUUUCUUCCUCUGUUUUGUUUUGGUGCUUGAACGGUCGAGGGGGAAGUAGGCAGCUAGGACCUUUCCAUGUUGAUCAUGAUGCAGGAAGAGUGGAGAAGAUGAGUACGACGGGCUGAGGGGUGCCUUUCAGUCUCCCAUGUCUCAUUGCAUGGCAUCAAACACAUAAGGUGAUGUGACUAAGAGACAGUGCAGGACAGUUUGUCUUGGCUGAGGGCCUUAAAAUCUAGUAGCCCUCGUGUAUAAAAAAAUGAUAAUAUAAAAGGAGUAAGCCAUGGUUUUGGAUUCUUGGACUCUUCUUGGAGUAGUCAUAGAGUCGACUAAUGAACCCAGCUGUCUGUUGUUCCAGUUGUUAAUCUGUUCCUUCUUGUAAAUGUGUUUGAACAAAGCAUAUAGAUGGACUGAGGAAGGAUGUUGGGAGUGGAUGGGUGUUCUUAGAGAGUGAGAUUUAGGAGUUGGGUUUCAGUGUCUUGGGUUUGGGAAUGUGAACGAUGGAAAGCUAACUAGUAGUUGCUCAGAUCAAAGAAACUUGUAAAGGGAAAAAUUAACGCUUGUUGGAGCUUACAUGUGAAGGGUUUCGUCACUUGGCUGGGUGAUCUGUCGGUGCACACAUCCUGAUGAGUUGUAAAUAUUUUUGUGUUUUUAGGGCUACAUUCUGGCCUUCUGUUGUCUUUGCUUUGGUCAUUAAAGCAAACUGCUAUAUUGUUACUAUUGUGUGAAAGAUGUACACAUGCAUUCAUAAAUAUAUUUUCUUGUGUAGGUGUUAAUCUUGAAGUGAGCUUUAUCAAUCCCACACUUCCACCCGCUGAAAUGAACAAGAAGAUAUGUGCUGAGAUUGAUCACUGCAGCUGUUGUUUGUUAGGAAGUAUGUUAAACGUGUGUGUGAGAAGUUAUUGGAAUGUUUGUGGUGUAUUUAAUGUUUAUAUUUGUUAUCUCACAAAGCUAAAGCUAGCAUCUGGGAAUGCUUACAAUUGCAAUGAUAGGUCAGGCAUGAAUUUAAAAGAAAAAAAAUGUAUUUUUUUAACAUUAUUUAGUUUUAAAGUAAGAGUUUGAAGUGUAUGCUGACAUGAAAUAUGCGUGAUGGGUGACAGAAAGAUCCAGCCAUCUUAACAAGAAUCAGGUGUGUGUGUGUGUGUGUGUGUGAGAGAGAGAGAAAUUUGUUUUUAUUUCUCAGUUCCUUAUUUCCCUUAACUUGUGUUUGCUGCUUCUCGUUUUUAAUUCAGAUGUCUGUAUAAGACUUGACAUGAUUUAUAUGAACAUGGUCACCAUGAUUGUAAUGAGUGCGUCUAAAUGUGUGGGCUGCAUCGAAUGACAUUAAUCAAAGACAUUGAUAACACUGUUAUGCUCAUGGUAGUCUGUCCCUUUUAUCUAACAGCUCACCCACGUGGUUUGGACAAUGUCUUUACAGUUUAAAAGCAGGUGCACCAAAGACACGUUUUCUUUGUGUAUGUAAUUACGCUUUGUUGUUACAAACAUCAUACAGCAAUACUGUAAAUUCUUUGUGCUCUGAAUCUUGUUUGAUGGCCAUGGUAGAAAUGUUCAGAGGGACAUUAAAAUGUCUUUUCUAUGCCUACGGUUGUUUUUUCAGAACAAAAGUUGUAUCAUAUGCUUGGAUUUAAGUUAUAUGUGACUGGUUGCAACAAAGUAUAAGACAGGUUUAUGAAACCAAAGAAGGAAAGCCAUAUGUAAACACAUGAUUAGGGCACAGCUCUAUAGGCCCUGCUGUAAAGAUGACAUGAUGUUUCUUCCUCACACUCAUGAUGGAGACAAUUAUUUGAAUGCUAUCUUAUUGUCUGCACUGUUCUUUUGCAUGGUUUCUGUCCCAGCUAUUGGCACCAUUUUACAAAGUUAAUUUCAUACAGUUUUAGUCUCUUGUCAUUAGGAUGGUUUAUGUAUGGCGUUAAAGGGUCUGAACUUGUAUUUACUUCACAGAUAGCCCUACAUUUGACAGAAAGCUGCAGGUGGACGGGUGGUGAGAUAGGUAAUGGUGCUGUGAACUUAAAAGUAUGAGGGUGAGCACAGUUUCAGCCUUAACAAAUAGCUAGACCUGUAAUCCAGAGGCCUUUCCUGUCAUUGCAAGCUUGUCUCGUCUCGGUCAUGUUGCCCGGUGUUUGAUGUAAAUGAAGUGUGCGCGUCUUUUUCUCUCCUGUAAAGCUGUUCUCAAAGGUGCUUCUGCAGUCUGUAUGGUAUGAUUGUCCUCUUUUCAGCAAGCAAUGUUCGUGUGUAUGAAAGAUACACUUAUCUAUCUACAGUGUAACAAUGCAGGUCUAAUUUAUGUAAAUAUGUUUUAAAACAUGUACAAUAUUUAAAUAAAGAAUCUAGUAUUUAUACUAAAUUUCCUUGAGUAUUGUCAAUGAUGUCAUUCCAUGUUUGGGGUUCAUUUCAGAAACGGAUGUCCAUGUUCACAGAAGACACAUCCAAUCAUGC